GGUACCAUCACCAUUAAUGAUAUAAAUAAAAUAAAAAUAAAUAGUGUUAUAAUUUAAGUUUGUUAAUACUAAUAAAAUCAGUAAUUAAUUUCAGUAGGGGAUUUGAAAAGACAUAUAGCAGAAACUGGAAAUUUACGGGACGCGGAAUGGACGGUGGAAGACUAUCGUAGAUGGAACAAGUUCUGGAAGGGCAGCUGAAAAAUAUAUGGUCUGGGGUACCUUCAUCAGGCCACAUUCACAAAUUGAGUUAUCCCGUAUUCUAAGUUUUGCCAGAUGGACCAGGGUGCAGGCAUGACCAAGGCGAAGUCGGCAUAUCGUAGAAGUUACAGAUUUACUGAAUCCUUAAAGUAAGCAAGAUGAAGGCCAUUGACUCAAAAGUUUUGUCAAUUAACACGAUGACUGCUCGUGCAAUGCACGUUAUACUCCGAGUGGUCGUGCUGGCCUCGCCGUGCGCGACUCUCGAAGUUUACUUCGCCCCAUUUGAAGAGCGUGCUAGCAAUUUCUACGAAGACUACAGUUCUGAUUCCAAUACGUCAACCCAGGGCUGGCGCGGCAACUCACUGGCCUCAACGGUCCAAAGCAAUGCCUCUGGUCCGCCUGACGACAUAGACGGAGUCAAGAAGGUGCUCAAACGAGUACUAUCAGUAAGCGUAACCGAUGGACUCCCAAGACCGACUGGUAGGAUUCAAGAAACACAAAUAAGAGGACAUAAACGUCAAGCGGACCCAGAUGGAUAUAGUGCGGACAUAGGAAAUAUAACAGAAUUCUCUAUACACAAAACUCUAACUAGGGAAAUUAAUAGAAUCGCGGAACAGAUUACCACAAUAGAACAAGAAAUUUUAACGUCAAAACAUGUAAAUGACGGACAAUUUCUCAAUGAUUACGAUGAAGAAUACACAGAAAAGGAAUAUAAAAGUGAUAUCCACAGACGUGCCCCUGCACAGUACCACUUUUGGGAGAAAAAUGGAAAAAGUGAUUUACAAGUAUCCGUGAACCGCAAAGUUAAACCUUUUCUUGGUGCAAGUGUUUCUGGACAAGUAGCAAACGAUGAAAAAGAAAAGUGGAAAGAGGACGAUGCGACGACUGACAAAGACAUAACAAAAAAAGUCGUAUUAGAAUCUUUGAGAGAUAAGCCUGAAAAUAUUGAAGAGUCCUCAAAAGAGAACAAUGACGCAUUGGAUAAAAUAUUGCACGAAAGAACUUUUAUGCAUAACCUUUUUAACGAUUAUGAAGAAGUGCAAUACUGGAACAAAUUAUUUGUUACGCCGCAGCCGUCUCUUUCUCCAACUACAAUUGAUCUGUUUGAAGAUUCAAACCAAUUUGAUAACCAACAUACACUACUUCCUCAAUUUGUCUUAAGAACCACACAAACGAAAAACAAAUCAAAAUCACCUACCAGUAGGAUUACACAAUCACCAUUACGUACACAACUUAAGCGAACAAAUAUAUUUUUAGCCGACGUACUACAGCGGACUACAGCGGACAUAUUUUCGAAUAAAAUACUAAGCAACGUAUUUAUAUCUUCAACCCAGCCCGAAACCAUGACGACAUUAGCAACCCCUCUCGAAAUAAUGUAUAGUAAAACUGUAACACCAGAGACUACUGUACGACGUCUACCACAGAGUCGACAUUUUCUGCCUACAACUGCAAGAAUUGACUAUGAAAAAGUAACAAAAAUGUAUCCAACAAGAACGGAAGAGGCAACGAAAGCAAAUGAUUUUAAAUCACCAAUGCAAUACCAGGUUAAACCUGUGCAUUUAGGAAUCUUUGAAGCAACAAAACAAUUUUCUAAUGUUCCUAUAACAAUGACAAAUACUGAUACGUGUACUCCAACAAAUGAGGGCCAACUAUUUGAAUAUUUAGAUGCAUUCACUUUCACAGAUAGCAUACGGCCACACUUGCCAAGAAUGAGAAAUUAUACGAACAGUAAACAUAAUACGGGCGUAAUGCAACCCAACGAUGCGAUACCGAAUUCUUUUGACUUAUCUUUCCUUAGGGGUAUGGAUGAUGUAGACCAACCAGAUAAUAUGGAUUUUAACAAUUUCGUACCGUCUAUGAUAAAAAUGGUUCAAAAAAUAGUCGAUAACAACAAAAAGGAGGAUAUCGUCCCUAAAUUGCGAGAGCAGUUGGAUAAAAGUAUGGAUCAUGCGCCGACGUGUCCUGAGGUCAUCCGUACAACAUCGUUUAAAAAUGGAACAGAGAUGACAACGACGACGGAGACGACGGCGACGGCCUCGGAGAAGACGACCUCCGAGAAGACGACGAUUACUGCCGAAGCUAAUACUGCGAUCUCUUCUUCAACUCCAAAUUGGGAUAACUAUGACGAUGACAAUAUGACUGGCGUUGUCAUGGGAAAGUGUUACGUGUGUGGCAUGGAAGAGGAGGGGAUACCACUGUCGGCGGACUGCGCGAGCGCCUUCACCGUAGAAACCUUUAAUUUUCAAGAUACAGGUGCCGCUUCCAAGGUGGAUACGAAAGAUUUCAAAAGAUUUUGCCGAUAUAUCGACGCGCCCAAAGUGCACAUUAAGCCAGACAGCCCAAAAUCGUUUUGGGGACGGUUCACUGGCGGAUGCUCAGUGCGAUUUUCUGACAUAGCUACUGUUUACACCCAAAGAACGUGCAGGAAUAAAAAUAGGCCGUUGUUGGGGCGACAUUUCGCUAGCAAGCGGAUGGCAAAACUGGAAAAAUCGUUGAUGAAUGUUGACAACGGCUGUAUAGUGAGCCCAAUGGCAACGCUUCUACCCUUAUCGAAGAGUAUAUCUCUGUUUUCAAAGUUUACAGCCUGCGUAUGCACAGGCAGUUGGUGUAACACGGUUGAAGUCAGUCACAGUGGGAAAAAGUACUUCUUCAUGUUACUGAUUAGUAUUAUGAAUACUUUAUAAAGAUCUGCCGCUACGGACUUGACACCGUCGACGUUUCAGCUUGUGACUCACGCCUUCGCUACCUCAAACACAUGAUUGUUGCUUAAGGUUCCAUUUAUUUUACAAAUGUGUAUUAUUAACAAUAUAAUAUACUUUACAUCAUUGUGUCUGAUGGUGGAAGCGCCACCUUCGAGUACAAUUUGCUGCUACACUAGCACUACUGUUUCACCAAUAGCCCCGCCGCCUUCCGCUCCUGCACCUCAACCCUUGGGUUCUAACUCUCGAGGGCUUCCAGUGUCUGCUCUCGUUCUUAGUCUGAUAUCCGUUCCUCCGACGUCCGUAUUCCAUAGCAUUCAAGUUUACUUGAAAAGAGCAAACCUUACAGUUUCUUGCUCAUUCUUCUCAGGGAGGUCAGCGUAGUGAACGAGCAGUAGCUUAAAUAUGAUGUUUUCUAGUGUAAAUUUAUUUUACCUAUGGAACAAAUGAUUCUUUGAUUUUGAUCCGCGCGAACCAAUUAUUGUCAACAAAUUAAAGGACGCGUGAUGGUGUUUUGAUUUGGUCAUCAUCAUCAAUCAUCAACAGCCUGUCGUAGUCCAUUGCUGGACAUAGGCCUCUCCCAAUACGCGGCAUUUCGCCGGUCCUCAGCUCCUUGCAUCCAUCUGCUGCCAGCAGCGCUUCGCAAGUCGUCACUACAUCUGGCCAGAGGGUCUUGUACACUACGUUUGUCGAACCGUGGUUUCCGCUCAAGAACUCGCUUUCCCUAUCGGUUAUCGGUUCUUCGACAGAUAUGUCCAGCCCACUGCCAUUUCAAUUUGCUUAUUCUACCAGCUAUGUCGACGACCUUAGUUCUCUGACGGAUAACCUCGUUCCGUACCUUGUCCUUCAGAGAAACUCCGAGCGUAGCUCGUUCCAUAGCUAGCUGAGCGACUUUCAGAUGGUGAACGAACCGUAUCGUGAGCGUCCACGUCUUGGCUCCGUAUGUCAUAACAGGUAGAACGCACUGAUUUGGUCGAGUAUUAUUUAUUUGACGUAAUGUUUCGUAUUGCGAACGGAGCUGUCCUCCUGUUCCGUGUCAUCCGAUGUCCUAUUCUACUACACUGCCAUAACAGUUGUAGUACCAGUCAAAGCUUUAGACCACAAAGAACUGAAGGGCCCUGCCACUGCGCCCGUCACCUUGAGACACAAAGUUGACAAGUCCCAUAUGCCCAGUACCCUUCAAAACCGGAACACAGUAAUGCUUGAUUUACUGUUUUGGCGACAGAAUCAGGUGAGGUGGCAGUACUUCCCUGAACGAACUCUUUUACAAAAAGCUCUACUGUUCCUAAAUAUUCGAACAAUAGUUUUUUAUAUAUAAAUGCAUUAUUUACUUCUUAUAUCUUCAAUCCUUACUUAUAUUUCAUAGUUCUUAAGGUUGUUUCACAACAAGGAAUUGCUUGUUAUUUGAACCGACCCUUUUCGACAUUUUUAUUAGGUAGAUAGAUAGUUUAUUGUCUUGCAUCACGC